CACCAAAUCAUCACAGCCACGGGAACCAGUACAGACAAGUACAACGUCGGUAUGUUCUCGGCAUACGUUUACUUCGUGGGGUUAUUAUGCUGGGUCCUUUGUUCCAAUAGUGCAUUGGAGAUUCACAGACACAGACGAAUUCUGUUGUCAGACCCGAACUAUCUACAGAAUGAACUGCAUGAAAUUCAAGUCAAGCUUCAGGAAUAUGAAGUGGUGAAGAGUCAAGUUGACACACUCCAAUCGGAAGUAGAUACCCUUAAAUCAACCAAUCAGCAAUUAGAACAGCAACUCCCAAAAAUUGCUACGAGAGGUACAGUUUAUGUUCGUUGGGGCAGAACGGAUUGUCCUGGAAAUGGAACGGAGCUCGUUUAUACAGGUUACGCUGGUGGGUCAUGGUAUGACCACUACGGUGCGGCGGCAGAGUACACCUGUUUACCUGCUGAUCCAAUAUGGGGACCAAACAAAGACAUACGUAGCUACUAUCCAGCACUAAUGUACGGCGCAGAGUAUGAAGAUACGCUUCUCUUUAAUGUGCCAAACACUUAUGAAGACGUACCCUGUGCAGUGUGCCGUAGCUCAACCCACUCAACAUCAAUCAUGAUUCCGGCUCGGACCCAAUGCUACUCUGGCUGGGAUAAAGCAUACGUCGGGGAUCUAGCCGGUGGCUAUUACGACAGCAAGGCAGCAACCCAAUACGUAUGUGUAGACGAGAAUGCACAGGCCCUGGCAGGAGGCGGAACCACUAACGACAAUGGGAAGGUCUUCCAUCAGGUUCGGACGAGAUGCGGGUCACUGAAGUGUCCACCGUACGAAAACGAUAAAGCAUUGGCGUGUGUGGUCUGUUUGAAAUAAAUGUUUUUGAAGCAAA